AGAUGUUUUCGUGGAGAGUUGAACCGACAGCCGACCGGCAAUCCCGACCGGAGGAGCACUGCGUGUUAAACCGUAUACCGGAGCGACACGCGCGUUCGAUGCCUCGUGCGACAAGAUCCGUCUCGCUCGAUCGUCGAUCUACUUUCAUGGAUAAACUGUGAGAGUUAUCGCGUCUUCUUACGAGUGAACGAAUCGUCGAAAGAAGAUGACCCGGCUGACUUGACUCUUUGGGAAGAGAGGACGAGAGACGCUCGGAAAAGGUACAGAUGAAACUGAACCGUUUUUACGUAACGGAAGGUGAUCAUCUGCCGCUGUCUCGAAACGACACAAAUGAAUCAUAUCGUGUGACGAUCGGUGAAACGUGACGCUUGAAAAGUUCGUCGAAUCGAGGAAAAUAUAACGGUGGACGAGGAUGACGAGAAGAAACAGCUUGGCGGAAAUAGAGCAGGAGACGCGGAAGGAACUAAGGUCCUAUAUCAAUACAAAAAGUAUUAUAAUAGCGAGCGUGAUAUUAGCCACGGUAAUUCUUUCGAUAAUAGCAAUCUGCAGUGUUUACGGGGCCAGUAGGGACAUAGAAAUCCAAGAAGACGAAGAAAUACCGCCCGAUCCGGAGACACCAUUACCUCCGUCAUGGAGCAACUUGAAAACUUUUAAACGUGGUGCUGUUUGUGCGGAUGGUGCACCAUGUGCCGUAGUUGGCAACUCAAUUCUAGAAAAAAAUGGCUCAGCGGUGGAUGCGGCCAUAGCUGCGAUGAUUUGCAACGGUCUUGUGAAUAUGCAGAGUAUGGGCAUUGGAGGCGGAUUUUUCAUGACAAUUUACGAUAAAGCCUCGAAACGAGCGUACACAUUGACCGCGAGAGACCGUGCCCCGUUGGCUGCCAAUGCUACAAUGUACGAUGGAAAGCCCAAAGAGGCGUCGUUUAUCGGCCCGUUGGCCAUCGCUGUUCCUGGGGAAUUGGCAGGAUACUGGGAAGCCCAUCAACGUUUCGGUAAAUUACCAUGGGCCGACCUAUUCAGACCCUCGAUCGAACUGUGCGAAGAAGGAUACAAUCUGACGAAAAUUCAACACGACGGAUUCAGAUAUAAUGCGAAGAACAUUUACAAGGAUCGCGUGUUAAAAGAGCUGUUCGUAGAUCCAAGCACGAACGACUUUUACAAACCAGGUACUAUCAUCAAACCUAGAAUGCUCUGUAAAACUUUGCGAAUAAUCGCGGAGAAAGGAGUCUCGGAAUUUUAUAACGGAACGCUUGGUAAACUUCUGGUAGAAGAUUUGCAAAAGAAAGGGUCGAUAAUAACGACGAAAGAUUUGAACAACUACAGAGCAACGUGGGACGAACCACUUCAAUCGAAGCUCUCCAAUGGAAUGAAAUUGUUUACGAUCGGUUUACCAGCAAGUGGAGCACUUCUCACCUACAUUUUAAAUAUCUUGGAUGGGUUUAAUUUUACGCCUGACAGCUUGAUUGAUUUCAAUCGAACCACUCUUACAUAUCAUCGAAUGAUCGAAACGUUCAAAUACGCGUACGCGUUGAGGAAUGAUAUGGGCGAUAAAGAAUUCGUCGAUAUGGAAGAAUUGACGAAGAAUCUGACGUCCAAAACUCAAGCGCAAAAAACACAAAUGAAGAUAGAUGAUCACAAAACGUGGGACGAUCCAUCGCAUUAUGGAGCGCGUACGCUGAGCAGCGCGAAAGAUCAAGGAACUGCACAUGUUUCAGUAUUAGCGCCAAAUGGGGAUGCAGUUUCAGCUACUAGUACUAUUAAUUUCUAUUUUGGAAGCGGAGUAGUCAGCGAGAGUACCGGAAUACUGUUGAACAAUGAAAUGAACGACUUUGGUAUACCGUCAACAAUUAAUUACUUCGGAGUUCCACCCAGUCCGAACAAUUAUAUCGCCCCUGGCAAAAGACCUUUGUCAUCUAUGGUACCCUCAAUAGUUGUCGACGAAAAUGAUGAUGUAAGAAUGGUCGUUGGUGCUUCUGGUGGUACUAAGAUCACCACGACAGUCUCACAGAUAAUGGCCAAGAUCAUGUGGAUGGACCAAACGGUAAAGGAAGCGGUGGACGCUCCCAGAAUACAUCAUCAGUUAUUCCCGGCAGAACUAGCCUACGAGUAUGGCGUGCCAAAGCAGGUGAUCGAUGGGUUGAAAAAGAUCGGCCACAAAACUGCUCGUUACAGAGUUCGUGGUAGCGUAGCCUGCAUCAUUUACACCAAGAACAAUACGGUAUACGCGAAUGCGGAUUUCCGGAAAGGAGGAGACGUGUAUGGACUCGAUUAAACUCUUCCUGAUUAAAACGAACGCCUAUUGGUGAAUCUUCCAAUUAUAUAAAAUCGCUAAACAUCAACGCUGACCGAGCGUUGACCGUAAUAAGUUUUAUCCGAGUUCCCGGUAUUCAACUCUUCAACAUUUGAUCGUAAGGAUUGAAACUCAAAGAGAAACUUUUCGUGGUUGAAACGGACGUUGCCGCUUGACGUUUUCUCUAUGCUGAAUUGUGCGAAACUAAAGUCCUUCAAUAAAACUUUUGCACACGUUA